CCGCCCGUACCUCAUCGCAUCACCUUGCUCUCUCUUGUGAGCAACUAUGGAAGGCAUAGUGAUGAACGGCUCAGCCGAUGGCCCACCUGGACCUCCCCCAGACCCUGUCGAGCGACCACCAACUCCGCCUCCACCUCCUCCUGAGCACUUGGGUGCUCCACCACCUCCCCCAGAUGCUGGAGUUCCUCCCCCUCCACCAGAAGAUGCGCCGCCCGCGCCCCCGAUCGAAGUCAAGAAGAAGAAGCUGGGAUGGGGAGCGAAGAAGCCAGCUGCAGCUCCCCUGAGUGUGGAGGAACUCAUCCAGAAGAAGAAGGAUGCGGACGCCGCAGCUGCAAAGCCAAAAUUCUUGUCUAAAGCACAACGCGUCUUCCAACGGUGCCAAUCGCAAUGGUGUUCCAUCCGAGUCUCGGCCAGUGAAACCAGUCGAACCGGAACAUGAUCACCGAAAUUCAACUGGACGGGUCCCUGCCGGACCACGCGCCAUGCGUGGCGAUAUCCCUACAGGACCCGCUGCCUCGCGAAAUGGACAGCCACCACGGAACCGCGACAUGGAACCACCGCCUCACCCAAAGUCGAAGAACCCAAAGGGAGAGAAGCGACCAACGGAGGAAGACGAGGCUACGGCACAAGCAGCACUAUUGAAGCAACGGUACAUGGGCACGGAGCAGACCUCGAAUUUCUCGGCAAAAAAGAAGCGGAAGCGCACCACAGACCGAAAGUUUAAUUUCGAAUGGAACACUGAGGAAGACACUAGCGGUGACUACAACCCGCUAUACCAGAGCCGACACGAGGCAAACUUCUUUGGUCGUGGUCGACUCGCAGGAUUCGGAGAUGAGGUUGCGGACAACAUGGUGCGCAAGUAUGCGCAAGCACUGGAGACCCGGGAUCACGAAUCCGGUAGUAUGCGCGCCAAGGAGAUCUUGGAGAUGGAGCGUCGACGUCGUGAGGAGAGCACACGGAAUCAGCUUGAUAAGCACUGGAGCGAGAAGCGACUGGAACACAUGCGGGAGCGAGAUUGGCGUAUCUUCAAGGAAGAUUUCAACAUUGCCACCAAGGGUGGCAGUGUGCCUAAUCCCAUGCGCUCAUGGAAAGAAAGCCAGCUGCCGAAGCGUUUGCUUGAGCUUAUCGAUCGUGUUGGUUACAAAGAGCCCACCCCGAUUCAGCGUGCGGCUAUUCCCAUUGCUCUUCAAUCGCGCGAUCUCAUUGGUGUCGCUGUGACUGGUUCCGGUAAAACAGCUUCAUUCCUGCUCCCACUACUGGUAUACAUCUCUGAGCUUCCACGACUGGACGAGUUCGAAUGGCGCAAGAACGACGGACCAUAUGCUAUUGUCCUAGCGCCCACUCGUGAAUUGGCCCAGCAGAUUGAGAUUGAGGCUAAGAAGUUUACACAGCCACUUGGCUUCAACGUCGUCAGUAUUGUCGGUGGUCACUCGCUUGAGGAACAAGCGUUCAGUCUUCGCGACGGCGCCGAAAUCAUUAUCGCCACUCCCGGUCGUCUUGUCGACUGUAUUGAGCGCCGAAUGCUCGUCCUCAGCCAAUGUUGCUACGUGAUUAUGGAUGAAGCCGAUCGUAUGAUCGAUCUCGGUUUCGAAGAACCCGUCAACAAGAUCCUUGACGCACUUCCUGUCACAAACGAAAAGCCAGACACGGAAGAGGCCGAGAAUCCACGCGCCAUGACCCAGCACCUAGGCGGACAGAACCGGUACCGCCAAACAAUGAUGUACACAGCCACGAUGCCCGUGGCUGUCGAGCGCAUCGCGCGAAAAUACCUACGUCGCCCGGCGAUCAUCACAAUCGGUGGCGUCGGCGAAGCAGUAGACACAGUCGAGCAGCGCGUCGAGUUGAUUCCCGGCGAAGACAAGCGGAAGAAGCGACUCGCGGAGAUUCUCUCAUCCGGCGACUUCCGUCCUCCGAUCAUCGUCUUCGUCAACAUCAAGCGUAACUGUGAUGCCAUCGCUCGGGAAAUCAAACAAAUGGGCUUUUCGUCUGUGACUCUGCAUGGUUCCAAGACCCAAGAGCAGCGUGAAGCCGCCCUGGCGUCCGUUCGGAGCGGUGCUACCGAUGUUCUGGUCGCCACUGACCUCGCUGGUAGAGGUAUUGAUGUGCCGGACGUCUCACUUGUCGUCAACUUCAACAUGGCUACUUCUAUCGAGAGCUACACCCACCGUAUCGGUCGUACCGGUCGUGCUGGAAAGAGUGGUGUUGCCAUUACCUUCUUGGGUAAUGAGGAUUCCGAUGUCAUGUACGAUCUCAAGCAAAUGCUUAUUAAAUCCCCGAUCUCUCGUGUACCCGAGGAAUUGCGGAAGCACGAAGCAGCACAGUCGAAACCAACGCGUGGUCAGGGCAAGAAGAUUGAGGAUAGUUCUGGGUUUGGUGGAAAGGGUGGAUGGGCGUAAACGCCCCCUUGAAACAGUUGUAUUAUUUGAAUCUAUACCACCAUUCCCUGGCUCCUUUGAUGGGGUUCAAGUCGAGCAGUCCGGGGAAUAACGAUGUUCUGAUGAAAAUUUUCUACUCCGUUUGUUCCACUUUCUCUAAGACUAGAGAAAUCGUGGUAGGAAUCUGCUCCAAAAUAGAAACCCUUCAUAAAGUACGAGGAUUUCAGAAGGCUCUCUACGAAGUGCG